AAUGUCAGCCUUUGUAACAGAUUUUCUCAGCUCUGUUGGGAAAUUUCAACUCCCACAAGGCUUCAAAAUUUACAUAAACAAAUUCUCCUACUCUUACAUUUCUUCUUUCCUCCUACUUUACAAACAAAAUUAACAGGGCAAAUUCUGGAUGUGCUGGAGAAGCAUAAUCUGAGUGACAAAACUCUUGUAUACUUUACAUCUGACCAAGGAGCUCAUGUUGAAGAAAUCUCCAGUGCUGGAGAAGUCCAUGGAGGAUACAAUGGCAUAUAUAAAGGUGGAAAAUCAACGAACUGGGAAGGAGGUAUUCGUGUGCCAGGUCUUCUCCGUUGGCCUGGAGUGGUACAGGCUGGUGCCUAUAUUGAUGAGCCAACGAGUAACAUGGAUAUAUUUCCUACCAUAGUUAAACUUGCAGAUGCACAGUUACCCUCUGACAGGAUUAUUGAUGGACAUGAUCUUCUACCUUUACUUCAAGGAAAAUCUACUCGAUCUAAGCAUGAAUUUCUCUUCCAUUACUGCAAUGCAUAUUUAAAUGCAGUGCGCUGGCAUCCAGGAAACAGUGAAUCUGUCUGGAAAGUCUUCUUCUUCACUCCAAACUUCAGUCCUGAGGACUCCAAUGGCUGCUAUGAUUCUCACGUUUGCUUCUGCCAUGGAGGAUUCAUUACACGACAUGAUCCUCCACUGCUCUUCGAUCUGUCCAGAGACCCUGAAGAGAAAGUCCCACUGACUCCAGAAACUGAGAGCCGUUUCUAUGAAAUCCUCAGGGCCGUACACCAAGCAGUAGACAACCACACCAGAUCCCUGCAUGCUGUUCCUAACCAGCUGUCAUGGAACAACCUUCUCUGGAAGCCAUGGCUCCAGCUCUGCUGCUCAUCUCCCUUUCAGUCUUGCUACUGUGACUAUGAGUCAGGAGGGAGUUCACUGUAGGUGCAUAUGGGAUAAACAAGCUGCAAUUCCCUUUCAGAAACUGGACCAGCAGAGUGUGGGUGUCUGACCUGAACUUGAGGUACAAGCCUUCAGAAGGUUUUGUUGUUUUGGAGGAGGACCAGUCUUCAAAUACAUAUUGCAGUAGAAGAGAAUUUCAGUCAAGAAAACGUGCCAAGAGAGGGAAGGCAAGACACACCUUCUCUUAUCACACAGCAUGAAGGACAUGUUGCAAUCCUCAUCUACACGUGGGUAGACUUGUAGGCAUUUUCUAUGGGGAAUAAUUUUCUAGACCUUCAGCUUGAGCUUUUUUCUUGCACAGCAAAGAAUUUACCUUUUGGUUCUGUCAAUCACAACUACUUAUUGCACACUUUCCUGUCCUUUUUACUAAGUGUUAUCCAUUAGUAGGACGUAGCACUGAGUAAUUGAAAACAGAGAGACAAUAGUGGAGACGUCCUCCUGUGACAGUCAUUUGGUAACUGAUAGAUAGGUUAAGAGCAGACUUGCAACAGAUCUCUAUCAACAACCAUGACAAAUAUAUAAAAAAUGACAGACUGCCAACCGUCUAAGUUUAAAUGUGCCAUAAAAAUGCACAGAGCUAUGGUAGUGGAAGACCUUGUGUCCAUAUAUUAAAAUGAUGCUCCCCAGCAUCCCUGCUGUCCUAUUGCAUGGCAGCAACCUUUGUUUCAAAAGGUGCACCACUUCAAGUGCACUCAGCUGUGUGCUUGAGUAUGUACCAUAAGUCUCCAUACAUAUAUAUAUGUGCAAGCUGAAUUCAUAACCCAUAAAUCCUUCAAUCCCUGAUAUAGGCACACCCUUAUGAUCAUAUUCCAAUUGAUGAAAUAAAAGAUUUGGUCCAUACUUGAUAUUUGAGUUCCAAAUUCACAUAAUACUACAAAUUUGUCUUUCACUUAUUUAUCAUACCUAUUCUUCCAUUGAUGGAAGUAAUCACAAAUAACUAAAAUCUGGUCUUCCUUUAAAUAUCUUUGCCAUCUUUUAAGCUCUCUGAAUAGUAUUUAUCAUUUUCUGAAAAUAAGCUUGGGCUUGAGUACUUAAAGCCAAAUAUAACUGUCUCUGAGUUCUUAGCAAGGUCUUGGGAAAUCUACUGUCCUCGAGGGCUAAUUUUUGUAUCCAUUUUUAUCUCAGUCUUAUUCAGGCACAUUUUCUUUCCACUCUACAGGCAAACUAUUUUCUUUGGCAUAUUGCAGACGAAAAGAAGAUAUCAGCAAAAUACUGAAAUGAUUUGAUGCCUGAUAAUAGAAGGUGACUUGCUCCUUAUCAGAAAGCAGCAGUUAAUUCCCACAUUACAAUGCAUUAAAACCUGUUUGGGGCAAAAGUGAUCUGUGAUGAUAGUAAUGCAGUAGCUUCAGUCAGCCAGCAUUAAGGUUGUGACCCAGUUCUUAUGAGCUAUUGAAGCCUUUCCUUUAAAAAUAUAUUGUGAUAGAUGGUGUAUUUCUCUGUCUGUAAAACCUAUUUUUUUCCAUUGCAGUUUCAUUCAAAAUGUCAUUCUCCACAAUACCCAGAAGCCUUCCUAGGAAAUGUACUUUUUCCUUGAAGUCCUAUUUUUGAUGUUUCACCUUGUGUUCAUGAUCUUAAUUAUGUCCUCAGCAAACUCUCUGUAGGAGGCAAAGCCCCGUGACCAGUAUUUAUCACUGAAUGUACUACGUAACCUUAGGAAGAAAAAUGCUUCUCAUUUGAAUACAAAUACUCUUUCAUGAGAGUGACUGCCUUUCAAUGUCAUGGCAGGAUCCAUACAUCCCAAAUUUUUGGUCCUCACUAUGUGGCCCUAGAACCCCUUGGGGCAUAGCACUGGUGCCAGCAUGUCCCCCCUUGCAGCCAAAGGGCAGCCCAGGCUGUGGCCAGAGUGCUGGAACACCACGGUGUGGAGGGAUGCUCUUUCCAACUCCCACAGCUCUGCCCCAGCUUACACAAAAGCUUUUCAAGCAUGUACUCCUGAAGAAAAUAGGAAAAAAAUAUGUGGUGUGUUCAAUGUUAACUCAGGCAAGGAGUUUGGUGGAAUUAGAUCUACUUUGUUUCCACAGUUUCUGGUCUGUGACCUUUACAGAGAUCUCAAUUUAUAUUCUCAAGGACACCCACAUCGACAUUUUUUAUCAGGAAGAUGCUGUGUUGCUAUUAUUUCUUUUUCUUUCUUUUUUGCAGGUGCAAGAAUUCUUUGUUCUGCUAGGCACAACAGUUGUUCUGUGCUGCUUGAUCAAAGUAUCGAAAAUGAUGACUUUUCCACUGCUCUGAUUUCUUCUUGAAAAAGGAUAUGACUUUUUUCAUAGCCUCCUUGGCUUUUGAUGCCAUCUUUCUAAUCUCCUUUCUUAAAACAUCCACAUCCCUGAAAUACCUUUCCAUCUAUUUCUUUGCCACUCCGUCCUUCUCCUUGUCAUAUUGAUUGUAGUGGCUAUUUUGCCCUAAUCAAUCAGAAAAUGAAAAGUAGUCUUUGUCAUAAAAUUUGACUUUUAGGGUUCCUUGACUCUGCUAGUCUCCUGCUUAUUUAAAAUCCAACAAGAAUUAACUUUGCAUUAUAAAGUAUAAGUAAUUAAAACAUACCUGAGAUGCUCCAAAUAAUAUAAAAUAUAUCUUGUUUGUGGCACAAACUUCAUAUUUUCCAAAAUAUAAUUUAGUACAACAUUUAAUGCUUUGACAUAAGCAGUAAAAUCUGAAAUCUAUUCUUGUAAUUGUUCCUUCAAGAAAAAUUCUGUGAAGAACAGGGCAGUAUUUUUCAUACUCCAUGUUAAUAUCAUAUCAUUUUACCUAAAAUAAACCUUCCCUGUAUUGCAAAUGUAUUAUAUCUUUCAGUACUAUGCCUUCUGUUCUGGAGAUGGCAUGUCAGAUCAAGGUAAUUAAAGUACUCUUCUUUAUCUGCAAAAUAAAAUGUGAAGGACAAUAUAACAUUUGUGUAAUGGUACUGCCUGAUCUAACAAGAAAAAUUUUUGUUUUUAACAACAGGUUAUUGAUGGGAUAUACGUGAUUCACAACUUACUAACAAGGAAGGCUCAAGGAGAAUGCGCUGCUCUGAUACUUGGAAAAUGACUUUCAAUCUAUCAUUUAAUGAGCACUGCUCUUGUAACAUGGUGCCUCCUUGUAGGAUGUCAGUUUAAACUGGGAGUUCAGUUUCAGAGGGUAGUGCAUUCCCCUACAGUAUUAUUUAACAGUAUCAUAUCCUAAUUUGUGACAGUCCCUGUACAGCCCAGAGCAAGUAAUUUAACCGAUUUCUCAGUUCCUCUGCUACAUUCAGAAAAGGAAAACAGUAUUUCUCUAACUGCUGGGAAUACUGAAAUAACAGAAAAUGCUGUAAGUGGUAAGCUGGUAAAGCUGAACUCUCUAGUACCUUCCUAUAGAAGAUGCAAUUUAAAAGCUGGAAAACUAGGAUGUAGAAGAUCCCCCUAUAUGAGGGGGUAUGAGAUGAGGUUUGCAGGUGGAUUCUGUGUGUAGUUUAGUGCAUGUGGGAUUGUGAUCUGGAGGAGAGAGAAUAGAUGGCUAAGAAAGAUAUAGUCCUGGGAUUCAGAGAAAGCUAUAACUCACAUUUUUAUAAUUAUAUUUAUUCUCUUUUUUAGCAAUCAGGAAACUACAUGGAAUAAUAAAUGUUUUUCCCUCAGGGACUGGAUGUCACAGGUUCUCCGCUCUUAAUAAUAAAUAGAGAUGUUCUGACUUGCCUCCAAUUGUGGUCAGAAAAAUCAAAAGUAAAAAAAAACAAGGGAAAUAGGAGCUUUGGAGAGAGGUGUCAGCUCACUUAAAUCCAACUGAAAGUUUGCAAAGAACUAAGAGAAUCUGGUCCAUAUACAUCACAGCUCAGUGAGAAUCAUCACUUGCCAGCAAUCAUUUAUUUUCCAUUGUAAUAAUGUGAGAUCUGGGUAUUCAGAUAUGUGGACAAUGUAAAAAAAUUCACUUAAGAUAUCACUUGAUAUAGGAAAAAAUGGAAAAU